AACAAGGGGGUAUUUGUAACUUCUGCGACCUAUGACCCGACCCUUGCCGCGCGCAACUGGCUCUCGCAACCCAUCUCUAGUUCUCUCAUGUGAAGAUGCUUCUGUUUUGUCCCACUUGUGCAAACUUGCUGGUCGCAGAGGAGGGUGAAAAAUGUUACAGAUUCGGCUGUCAAACCUGUCCAUACAUAUACAACAUCACACAUAAGAUUUCCUUUAAGAAGUACCCAAAGCUGAAGGAGGUGGACGAUGUACUUGGAGGACCUGAGGCCUGGGCAAACGUAGACUCCACAGAAGAAAAGUGUCCAAAGUGCGAACAUCCCAGAGCCUACUUCAUGCAGAUUCAGACCAGAUCAGCAGACGAGCCAAUGACCACGUUUUACAAGUGCUGUAGCGCGGAAUGUGGCCAUAGAUGGAAAGACUAAUUUCUCACUGAAACUAUGUGUAUUCUUUGUUGCUGUUUGGGAGCCUGAAUAAGAAUGAGGUUGAUGAGCAUUUUGUCCAAUCAAAGUAAUACAGUUCUUUAUGUAAUCUUACAUGCAUUAUUAUCUUAUAAGGACUGAAAUGGUCAUUUUAGUUGUAAGGCUAUCCCAUCCCUUAUCCACUAGAGAGCUAUCUGUAUGGCAAAGCUGUUCAACAUAUUCUGUAUUCUUUGUUGCUGUUUGGAACCUGAUUAAGAAUGAGGCUGAUGAGUAUUUUGUCCAAUCGAAGUAAUACAGUUCUUUAAGUAAUGUUACAUGUAUUAAUAUAUAUCUUAUAAGGACUGAAAUAGAGUUAGGAAGUCAUUUUAGUUGUUAAGGCUAUCCCAUCCCUUAUCCACUAGAAAACUGCCUGUAUGACAAAGCUGUUGCAUGUAGCAUUUACAUAAUAAAGUACAUACCAGUAGUGUCUAACAUUG